CGGCACAAGACAGCUUCCUCCGGUGUUGGCCUGAAGCUUUUGGGAGCAAGGAAAGCCCGAUCGCCAUGGCGGCAGGGAAGGUGUACUCGUUCGAGGAGGUGCGGCCGCACGCUGAUCGGAAGGAUUGCUGGCUCAUCAUCAACGGCAAGGUGUACGACGUGACGGCGUUCAUGGAGGAGCACCCCGGCGGCGACGAGGUCCUGCUGGCGUGCAUCGGCAAGGACGCGACGGCCGACUACGAGAACAUCGGCCACAGCGAGUCGGCCAAGGAGCAGAUGGCGCAGUACUGCAUCGGGGAGUUCGACGCCGCAACCAUGCCCGCCAAGCCAGUCAAAGUCGAGGACUUCCCGGCUCCCAGCGCCAGCAGCCCGGGCGUCUGGCGCACGGUGCUGCAGCUCGCCGUGCCCCUCCUGCUGGUGACCAUGGCUUUUGGGUUCCAGAACUUCGCCAACACCGAAACAGAGUAGGGAAAACAGAUGCCGUCGUGAUGCAAAUCAUGUGGCCUUCCUGGAAGUAUCUGCGCGUCCUAAGUAGCUGCCGUCUGUCAGCCUGAUGGCUAGUGUUCCGUCUCAAACACGGCAAUCGUUUUUUCUCUUCAAAAAGGGAAAAAAAUACUGCAACCGUAGACUUGUGGUUCUAUCAUAAACGUGGAGGAUGUAUACUUUGAUUAAUUGUUGGCAAUUUCAUAGUAUUUUUAUUACUAA